GCUUUUUAUGAGCCUUGAAGACACACUGGAGAAGACAGGACAAGGAAGGGCUUAAGUAAACGACAAAGUGCUGAUAGAGUAAAGGGAGGAGGAGACAGGAGGCCGUCUUAUGGAACUCUAGCAGCACGCGAGAAACUGGUGUUGGAGCGAUACGAGCGCAGAGAGGGAGGAGAGGGAGCCAUGGGGAGGGGUGUUGAGGUAUUUAAACGCUGGAGCAGGACAGCGCAGCUCAAGCGCUCAACUCCCUGAGUAAAGGUAGGACAGGGAGAGGAAGCACCAGAAGAAGCACAGCUUCUGCCACAAUUUGACACAAUAUUGCAGCACAUACUUUCCUAAACACACUUUUGGACUUUUUACCCAUCAGUGGACUCCAGAACCUUCUCCCUGGAAUCCAUCUACCUGUGUCCUCUUUCCCCCUAUUCAUUUAUCACCCACCCUCACUCUUUGGGGGCCAAUGGUGGCGGCGUGGGCCCCGCUUGGGGGCAUCUUGGGCUUCACCCUGCUGGCCCUGGUUCUGGGCAGCAGCAGCGUGGACUUUGGGGUACCUCCGGCAAGCUUCUACCCCCGGUUCAACCCGUUUUUCUUCCUGUGCACCCAUCAUGCAGAGCUGGAUGGAGUUGGGGUUGCUGAAGGUGGGGAUGAAGUGCUGCUCACCCUCCAGAUUCUGGGUAACCCCACUGCCUACACCCCAGGACAGGAAUACCAAGUGAGCAUCUCAACCAGCGUGUCCUUCGACGGACUACUGGUGACUGGCCUCUACACUUCCACACCUGUCCAGUCUGCUCCCAUCCCUCCGCCGGCUGCUUUUGGUUUCGGUGUAUUGCCAGAUCGUCAGUUCAGUGGCACCCAGUUUGUUUGCAGCGUGGUCGCCUCCCAUGUGAGCCACCAGCCGUCCACCAGUUUUAGUUUUGUCUGGAUCGCACCACCUCCUGGCACUGGCUGCGUCAACUUCCUAGCAACAGCCACACACCGAGGACAGAUCCUUUUCAAGGAUGCUCUUGCCCAGCAACUAUGCGAACAGGGAGCUCCAACAGAGUCCCCUUUGAGACCAAGUCUAUUGGAAGUCCACGCGAACCAUGCUGUGCUGCGUGAUGACUUUGAUUCCAAUUUGGAAGGGGAGCUGGAUACAACAAUCUGGUCUGAGUGCACAAACUGUGAGCUAGGUGAGCAGUGUGGGGUUCUUAUGCAUGGCAGAGCAAUAACAUUCUGUGAGUCCCGUGGAGAGCGUGAGCUGACCACUGUCGCACUCAACACCAGCACAGCAUCUGUCCUUCAAUUUGCCCUGGGUUCAGGCUCCUGUCGUUUCAGUUACUCAGACCCCAGCAUCAUCGUAUCAUACAGCCUUAACGGAAACACCAACACUUCUGACUGGAUCACAUUGGAGAAGAUCAGAGCUCCUACCAACAGCAGCACCUUCGUCCACCUUCUUCCAAUGCCACAGAGGUCCAAGGCAGAGAAUGUCCAUCUGCGCUGGUCUCAGGAAGCUCCACAAGACCCCGAAGGCUAUGAGUCCUGCUGGGGAUUGGACAAUGUAUUGCUGGUCAAUGCUGUCCAUCAAGUUCCCCUCAUGGAGGACAAUCUGGACCCCCCAGACACUGCCAAUUGGCUCUUUUUCCCCGGUGCUACUGUCAAACAUGCUUGCCAGUCAGAGGGGAACUCUUUGUAUUUCCAUGGGGGUGAGGCAGUCGGGUACAACUUCGCCUCCAGCAGAGACAUUGACCUGCACCGUGAAGAGGGAAGAAGCUACUGGGAAGAGGAUUUUGAGAACCCACCCUCAAACUGGGACAUACAAGGAGCUGUCUACGGCACCCAGUGUGGUGAGAUCGAGUCUGGCUCGGCGCUGGUGUUUGAGAUGGACGGGCGAAGGAGAGUGUGUACGCCGUAUAUCGACACAACUUCAUAUGGCAACCUCCGCUUCCACUUUUCUAUGGGUGGUGGUGAAUGCGAUCCUGGGGAGUCACAUGAUCACAAUGUGAUUCUAUUUGGAAGGUCGGAAGGCAAGAGGGAACGUGUCAUCCUGGACACCCUUCCAUAUUCUUCCUAUCGGACACCUGCGGUGGUUUCGGUGGCACUGCCCUCUGAGCUCCAAACACCAGCCUCUCAGAUCUGCCUCGAACAGGUCUCACACGGGGGCGCCAACCGCCACGUGUGGGCCAUGGAUUUCAUGCAGCUCCUGCCUGUGUUGCCUGGUACGCACACACAUGUUGUGCAGUUUUCCAUCAACCUCGGCUGCGGCUCCUACCAGCCUGCCAACAGUGUGAGUCUGGAUUUUUCCACCAAUCACGGUCGUUCUUGGUCUCUUCUCCACACUGAGUGUCUGCCAGAGCUUUGUGCUGGACCUCACCUGCCUCACAGUACCAUCUAUUCUUCUGACAACUACAGCGGGUGGACCAGGAUCUCUAUUCCUCUGCCCAACGCUGCCCUGACUGAGAGCACACGCUUUCGCUGGAAACAGUCUGGCACCGGAUUGGGCAACAUGUGGGCCAUUGACAAUGUGUAUAUUGGUCCAGCCUGUCUCCGCUUCUGCUCUGGGAGAGGACAUUGUUCUCGCACUGGCUGCAAAUGCGACCCAGGCUUCAGUGGCCCAGCCUGCGAGCUGGCCUCCCAGACAUUCCCGGCCUUCCUGUCCGAGGGCUUCUCUAGCCCUCGCCUUUCCUCCUACCACAGCUUCUCCUCUCUCCGUGGAGCAGAGGUCAGUUUUGGCUGUGGGGUUCUGGCAAGCGGCAAGGCACUGGUCUUCAACAGGGACAGCAGGAGGCACCUAGUCACAGCACCGCUGGACAGCUCUCAGGCCAGAUACCUCCAGUUCACCCUCCGACUGGGCAGCCGAAGUACUCUUAGCUCCUGCCCUGCCCCAGACCAGGCAGGAGAGGGUGUUCUGUUGCACUACUCCACAGACAAUGGCAUAACCUGGACUCUGUUGCAGCACUACGCUUACCAGGGGUUUCAUGAGCCAAGAAUUGUGUCUGUUGAGCUCCCAACUGGUGCACGAAAGUUUGGUGCGCAAUUCCGCUGGUGGCAACCUUACCACUCAGGACGUGGUCAUGACGUUUGGGCCCUGGAUGAAAUCAGCAUGACCUCUGUGCUUUUUAACACCAUAAGUCUGGACUUCAGCAAUGUAUUGGAUGUCACACAAAGUCUUGGUUUUUACCUUGGUCACGUCCAGCCGUACUGUCGGCAUGACUGGACCCUCAGUUUCUCCGGUGAGCCCAGCCCUGGUUCCAGUAUUCGCUAUGUGGAGACUCAAUCAAUGCAGAUCGGGGCCUCCUACAGUCUGCAGUUUUCACUGGUUAUGGGCUGUGGUCGUGAAUCGUCUGCUCACAUUGACACUCAAGUCCGUCUGGAGUUCUCCACCAAUCAUGGCCUGACUUGGCACCUGGUCAAAGAGGCCUGUCUGCCUGGCAUGCCAAGCUGCUCAGAGUUUACCGCUGCCAGUGUUUACCACCCAUCAGAGUUCACGAACUGGAGACGCAUCACCCUUUCUCUGCCUCAAAAAACAUGGUCCAGCGCUACUCGCUUCCGAUGGAUCCAGAACUACUACGGAGAGCAGGAUGAAUGGGCCCUGGAUGACAUUUAUAUCGGCCAGCAAUGUCCUAACAUGUGCCACGGACACGGUUGGUGUGACCACGGACACUGCAGGUGUGACGAUGGUUACUCUGGUACAGACUGCUUGCCCUCGUCGCCACUCUCAUCGAGUGUUUUCUCAGACUUUGAGUCCCAGGAUGCACUGCAAGCUACUUGGCAAGAAGUAAUCGGUGGUGAGGUGGUCAGCCCUGAUGUUGGAUGUGGGGUGGUAUCAUCUGGUUCAUCCCUUUACUUCAGCAAGGCUGGCCUGCGGCAGCUUCUAAGUUGGGACCUGGACACGGAAUGGGCGGAGUUUGUCCAGUUCUACCUGCGUGUGGGUGGAGACUUGGCAGAUUGUAACCAGGCGGACAGCAGAGAGGAGGGAGUGCUGCUGCAGUACAGCAACGAUGGAGGCAUCACCUGGGGCCUCAUUGCUGAGAUGUACUUCACUGACUUCACCAAGCCUCGCUUUGUCCACUAUGAGCUUCCUUUGGCCUCAAAGACACCCUGCACUAGAUUUCGUUGGUGGCAGCCUCUUCACUCUGGAGAGGGCUAUGACCAGUGGGCAAUAGAUGAUGUCAUCAUUUUAUCUGAGCGGGAGAAGCACAUCAUCCCAGUGGCAAGCCCUACUCUUCCACAGAACUUCUAUGAGAAGCCAGCUUUCGACUACCCACUAAACCAGAUGAGCGUGUGGCUGAUGUUGGGUAACGAAGGCAUGGAGAGGGACAGCAACGACAGCUUCUGUGCUCCAACUGCGUCUUCCAUGGUGUUUGGGCGCUCCGAUGGGGACAGAGUGGCGGUCACCAGGGACCUUGCGCUGAGGCCAGGCUACACCCUCCAGUUUAAGUUAAACAUAGGCUGCGAGUCAGAGUUCAGUGCAUCUGCACCAGUCCUGCUGCAGUACUCCCACGACGCUGGACGUACUUGGGCUUUGGUAAAGGAGGGUUGUUACCCCGGGUCCCCAGGAGCAGGAAACUGUGAAGGCAGUGGCCGGGAGCUUAGGGAGCCCACCGUUUUCAACACUGGAGACUAUGAAGAGUGGACCAGGGUCACUGUGGUCCUUCCACGGAAUGUUGCAGCCAGUAAAACCCGCUUCCGCUGGUUCCAGGAGAGCAGCAUUUAUAGAGAUGCUCCAGCUUUUGCACUGGAUGGAGUUUAUAUCUCCGAGCCCUGUCCCAAUCAUUGUGGCGGGCAUGGUGAUUGUAUUUCUGGAGUCUGCUUCUGUGACAUGGGGUACACAGUUGAACAGGAUAGUUGUGUCCCAUCUAUUAGCAGUCCGACUGAACUGACUGAGGGAUUUGAGGGCAAGCUAAGUCCACUUUGGCAGAGCAUAAGUGGAGGGCAAAUCGGAGGUGGUUGUGGAAUAAUUAGUGAGGGCAAGGCGCUUUACUUCAGUAGCCCUGGAAGAAGGGAGGCUCGCACGGUGCCGCUCGACACCACCAACACUCGGUUGGUGCAAUUCUACAUACGAAUAGGCAGUAAAAGUUUGGGACCCACUUGCACCAGGCCCCGUUCACGCAAUGAAGGUGUCCUUCUACAGUUUUCAACCAACAACGGUGUCGAGUGGCAAUUCCUGCGAGAACUAGACUUCAGCUCUUUCCUGGAGCCCCAAGUAGUGACCGUUGAAUUGCCACCUCAUGCCAAAUCACCUUACACAGUGUUUCGGUGGUGGCAGCCCCAGCAAGGGAAACACUCAGCUCAGUGGGCUCUGGAUGAUGUCCUAAUUGGUAUGAACGACAGCUCCAGAACUGGUUUCCAUGACAAGUUUGACGGCACCACACCACUUAGACACAACUGGUACCGCAUUCAGGGUGGGGAAGUGACUGUGGACUGUUUGUCUCUGGACACGGCUCUGACCUUCAACUCUGAAGCCAUUGAUAAGAAGCCAAGGUAUGCCGAGAGCUGGGACUUUGAGGUGUCAGGCUCAUCCUUCCUGCAGUUCGAGCUGAGUAUGGGCUGCAGCAAGUCCACUUCCUUUUCCCACGGCGUGCGUCUGGAAUACUCCACGGACUGUGGACGCCACUGGUCCCUCAUCACUCCAGAGUGUGUCCCCCCAGCUAUCGGUUGUGCCGCUUACACUCAGAGCUCCAUCUAUACGUCCACACAGUAUAAACACUGGAGGAGGAUAACUGUGUACUUGCCAAGUGCUGCAAAUUCUCCAAGAACUCGAUUUCGUUGGAUCCAGACCCAUUUCACUCCAGGGGCUGAGGGUUGGGCUCUCGAUAAUGUGUUACUUGCACCCGGAUGCCCGUGGAUGUGCUCUGGUCACGGCCUAUGUGACAAUGGACACUGCGUGUGCGACGAGGGUUAUGAAGGUGCACACUGUGUACCAGCAGUACCCCUCCCAUCUGUACUGAGAGAAGACUUCAAUGAGCACCUGCAACAGGAGACCUGGCCUGAGGUUUAUGGAGCUGAGAGGGGAACCCUUAGUGGAGAGCCUCUUAAAUCUGGAACCGCCCUCAUCUUUAAAGGGGAUGGCCUGCGUAUGUUGGUGUCAAGAGAUCUGGAUUGUACCAACACGCUCUACAUUCAAUUCUCCUUCAAGUUCAUUACGAAAGGUGUACCUGAGCGCUCCCACUCAGUGCUGCUGCAGUACUCUGUGAAUGGAGGAAUUAGCUGGGUGUUGCUGGAUGAGUUUUACUUCCCAGCUUCCACGGAUACACUGUUCCUCCACCUGCCGCUGCCCACUAGCGCUCAGACCAACGCCACCCGCUUCAGACUCUGGCAACCUUACAACAGUGGUAAGAAGGAGGAGGUGUGGGUGAUAGAUGACCUCAUCAUCGAUGGUAGCUCCUUACACAGCCGGCAAGUAGUUAUAGACAGCUUUGAAGAAGGCCCUAACCAGUCUAACUGGCUGUUCUACCCGGGGGGAAAUACUGGCCUCUAUUGCCCCUACCAGAAGACGGGCUUAGAGGAGGAUGAGUCAGCCAUGGUGUUUGUCUCCAGCGAGCUGGGGGAGCAUUCCAUAACCACCAGGGACAUUGACGUGAAUGAGAACACAAUCAUCCAGUUUGAGAUAAAUAUCGGCUGCACGGCCGAAAGCUCCUCCGCACACCCAGUGCGCCUUGAGUUCUCACGGGACUUCGGUGCCACUUGGCACUUGCUGGUACCGCUGUGUGACGGUGGGCCGCAGCCAUCUUCCCUGUGCUCCACCGAGCUCCACCCGGCCAGUGUUUAUUUUCCUGGCGCCACGCAGGGCUGGAGAAGAGAAGUCAUACACUUUGGCAAACUGCAUCUCUGCGGGUCUGUGAGGUUCCGUUGGUAUCAGGGCUUCUUUUCAACUGGAUCUGCUCCUCCAACAUGGGCUCUAGAUAAUGUCUACAUUGGUCCUCAGUGUCAGGACAUGUGCAGUGGACAUGGAGCUUGCGUUGGGGGCACCCAUUGUUUGUGUGACCCCAACUACUCUGGUAGUGACUGCUCUGUGCCCGACAUUCCCAAUGCGGACUUCCUUAAAGAGGACUUUGAAGGUGGAGCAGUGGAUGUUGACCUUUUUAAACAGCUGAGUGGGGGAAAACCAUCCAGAAAAUGUGGUAUUAUGUCCAGUGGGAACCAUCUGUUCUUCAGUGAGGAUGGUCUACGCAUGUUGGUCACCAAUGAAUUGGAUUUAUCUAAUGCCAGGUUUGUUCAGUUCUUCUUGCGUCUCGGCUGCGGUAAGGCAGCACCGGACCCUCGCUCCCAGCCAGUUCUGCUGCAGUAUUCUCUGAAUGGAGGUCUGACUUGGGGUCUCCUCCAGGAAUUUCUCUUCAGCAACAGCAGUAAUCAGGCUCGCCUGGUGGCUCUUGAGAUCCCACUGCGCGCUCGCACUUCAUCCACUCGCCUGCGCUGGUGGCAGCCUUCUGAGAAUGGACAGUUUUACAGUCCGUGGGUUAUUGACCAGGUGGUGGUUGGUGGUAGUGCCAGUGGCUGGGGCCCUCUUGAAGAUGAUUUCUCAUCUAUCGAUGGACGUUCAUGGCUCCACCACCCAGGAGGAACCAGAAUGCCAGUUUGUGGCUCGGACGGACCUGCUUUUGCUUUUAUAGAGAAGUCUAACACCCGCUACGCAGUCACCACGGACAUCAGUUUGGGUCAAGACGCUUUCAUUCAGUUUGACUUUUCGGCAUCCUGCUCUGUAACCAACUCCUGCUACUCGGUGGAGCUAGAGUACUCUCUGGAUUUAGGUCUUACGUGGCAACCUGUCAUUCGAGACUGUUUACCGACAAGCCCCGACUGUUCCUCCUACACGCUGCAGAGGCUGCUCAUUUCUGAUACAUACAACAAGUGGGGUCGGGUGACUCUACAUAUCCCAUCAUAUGCAAGAUCUCCAGCCACAAGGUUCCGCUGGUUCCAACAGGCCCCAUUUGACAAGCAGCAGACCUGGGCCCUGGAUAAUCUCUAUAUCGGAGAUGGCUGUCCAGAUAUGUGUUCUGGACACGGAAGGUGCCAACAGAGCACUUGUGUGUGUGAUUCAGAGUGGGGUGGCGAAUACUGUGAUGAGCCGGUGGCUCUUCUCCCCUCCCAGCUGAAGGACAGCUUCAGUCGGACGCCCUCACUAAGUCACUGGCACACGCUCACUGGAGGAAAGCUCAGCACUGUGUGUGGGGCUGUGGCCUCUGGAUCAGCUCUGCACUUUAGUGGCAGUUGCAGCCGUCAGUUGGUGACAGUUGACCUCAACCUGACCAACGCCGAAUUCAUUCAGUUCUACUUCAUGUACGGCUGCAUGAUCCCGCCUAGCAACCGUAAUCAGGGCGUGCUCCUGGAGUACAGCUUGAACGGAGGAAUCCACUGGCAUCUGCUGACAGAGAUCUUCUAUGAUUUGUACACAAAGCCCGGGUUUGUGAAUGUUCUGCUGCCUCCCGCCGCCCGCCAAGAAGGCGUGCGUGUGCGUUGGUGGCAGCCUCAGCAUGACGGAGUGGAUCAGAGCGAUUGGGCUCUGGAUAACGUCCUUAUUUCCGGUUCAGACACCAGAACACAGAUUUCUGACACCUUCGGCGGCGUGGCACUGCCCAACCACGAGAGAGCUCCGGCUGAUGAAACCGCAGACCCAAACAGUGACGUGGCCGAGCUGGAGGAAACACCUAUCGUGAGCGAGCAUUGGUUGUUCUCAGAAGAUUGCUCAGUUCAGCGUUUCUGCAGCUCCCCUGAUGGAGUGAUGGCGUGCGGCAAUGCUGAUGGCAGGGAGGUCUAUGCUGUCACGCACGACAUCAUCCCUGAAAAGGGUUGGGUCAUGCAGUUUAAGAUUGCGGUGGGCUGCGUUGUGCCAGAUCACACCGCAGACAGACAGGUCCACGUUCAGUACUCUGCAGACUACGGUGUGACGUGGAAAUACCUAGUCCCUCAGUGUCUGCCUGCUGAUCCCCGCUGUGGAGGUCACGUCUCACCGCCGUCCGUCUUCUUCCCCGCGCAAGGAUGGAAGCGGGCCGUCUAUCCCUUGCCCGAUGGCCUGGCUGGCACUUCGGUACGCUUCAGGUUCUACCAGCAGCACUCAGAUGUGCAGUGGGGAGUGGAGAACUUUUACAUCGGGCCAGCGUGUGACAGCCAUUGUGGCGGGCAUGGAGACUGCUUGGAUCAACGUUGCCUCUGUGACCCAGGAUUCACUGGACCAAACUGCUAUGCCAGUACAGCUCUGAAGGCAUCUUUAAAGGAACGUUUCGACUGGGAAGGAGCAGCCGGGCCUCAGUGGCAGGUUCUGGAAGGGGGCAGACCCUGUACGGACUGUGGUGUUUUGGUCGAGGGUACAGCUCUGUAUUUUGGAGGAGCUGACGCCAGACAAGCUGUUACCGCUGACUUGGACCUUCGGGGAGCCAAGUUUGUGGAGUACUGGGCCCGGAUUGGAAGUGAAAAUAACAUGUCCAUGUGCCACCGUCCAACAUGUCGGAAAGAGGGAGUACUGUUGGACUAUUCUACUGAUGGAGGUGUUUCGUGGAUUCUAUUGCACGAGAUGGACUAUCUCAAAUACGUAUCGGUGAGAAGGGAUUACAUAGUCCUUCCAGAAGGAGCCUUGACCAACGCCACUCGCCUGCGUUGGUGGCAGCCUUUUACCAUUUCCUCUGGCUUGGCCACUCCCAGCCUGGAAAGAGCCCAGUGGGCCAUAGACAACAUCUUGGUUGGAGGGUCAGAUAUUAACCCAUCAACACUGCAUGACACAUUUGAUGAUGAGGGUGUAUCUCAUGAAGAAAGUUGGAGCUUCUACCCCAAUGCUGUGCGAACUGCCGGCUUCUGUGGAAACCCCUCCUUCCAUCUUUACUGGCCCAAUAAGAACCAAGAUAGGGCACACAACAUCCUGGCCACUCGAGAACUCAUAGUGCAGCCUGGAUAUGUCUUACAAUUCAAGAUAGUAGUAGGCUGUGAGGCCGACACAUGUCAGGACCAUCAUUCUGUCCUGCUGCAGUACAGGAAGGAUGCAAGGUCUGAUUCGUGGCAGUUGGUCCAGUCUGAGUGUCUUCCUUCCUCAGUCAACAACGUGGGCUGCUCUCCCUUCCAGUUCCACGAGUCCACCAUCUUCAGUCCUGUCAACAGCUCAACGUGGACCAGGGUCACAAUUCAACUGCCUGACCACGUCUCUUCGGCGGCAACACAGUUCCGCUGGAUUCAAAAGGAGGGAACAGGAGAGCGUCAAAGCUGGGGAGUUGACCGUGUUUACAUCGGAGAGGCCUGCCCAGGACUCUGUAGCGGACAUGGCUACUGCACAAGCGGAAUGGUCUGCAUCUGUGAUGAGGGAUAUCAUGGUGACGACUGCUCCCUCUCUAGCAACGACUUACCCAGCUCAAUCAAAGACAACUUUGAGUCAGGCAGCGUGUCCCAAGAAAGUUGGCAGCUUAUCCAAGGCGGAGGAGUGGGCAGUGGGUGUGGCCAGCUGUCGCCACAUGCCCAUGGAGAUUCACUUUAUUUCAAUGGCUGUAAAAUGAGGCAAGCUGUGACUAAACCGCUGGACCUCACUCGAGCCAGGUACAGUAAGAUCAUGUUUGUGCUACAGAUUGGCAGCGUGGCACAGACAGAUAGUUGUAAUAUCGCUCUGGACCGCACAGACACAGUUGACAGAGCAGUUCUGCUACAGUACAGCGUAAACAACGGGGUCACCUGGCACGUCAUCGCUCAGCACCAACCCAAAGACUUCAUCAAGGCCCAGAGGGUUUCCUACAACAUUCCAUUAGAGGCGAGGGUUAAAGGAGUGAUGCUGCGAUGGUGGCAGCCGCGGCACGAUGGAGCAGAACACGACCAGUGGGCGCUGGACCAUGUUGAAGUUGUUCUGCCAUGGCUCCCACCCCCCUUCACUUUUCUCCUAGACAGCAGUCCCCUUCACCUGCUCCUCCCCUCUCGCGCUCUAACCUCUGCUCUCUUCUGUAUUCUGCUCCCUCUGGCAUGGCUGUAGCGUCAGCACCCGUAAACAAAACUACAUGAUGAACUUUGCCAGACAAAACGGCUUGCGUCACUACUACAGCCGCAAGCGGCGAGCACUGCAGCAACGCGCCUGAGCCUCCGGAGACGGACCCCCACCCCUUUUGACCUGCCAACCACACACUGACCCAUCCGCACUUGUCCCUUUGUCUCCUGAUGAUGUAAACACCAAAUCAAGUUCAUGCUUUAGCCCAAAUCUGACCUGUCUCGUGCUCACAAGGCUUUGGCGUGGAUGAAGCUCAGAAGACAAGCGUGUCAAGGCCAUUUUGUUGACGUUCUACUGUAGACGGUUAGGGUUUUAAAUUGUUUUGUUGAUGUGGUUCCUCUUCCCACCUGGCUCCUUCUCCUGCCAGUCCCUCCUGUCUCUGUUCCCCCUUUUCCAACCACACUGUGAAAUUGAGAGAUAAUAUAUCACUGCUGAACUGACCAGCCAAUUUGGCCUCCCGCCAAUUCCACUGAGCCGCAGGGGGGAUGGCUCCAAUCAACCAGUCUCGUACGCCACGAGAAAGACCACGACUAUGAUACAGACCAUGAAGAAGAACAAACGGUUUUGGAAAGUUGGGAUGUUUGGAAAAAAAAAAAAAAAAAUUAUUAUAUAAUACUGUGUUCUUGCUGUUCUUGUGUGUCUGUGGGUUCUUUUUGUGCUGAAUUCACUGUGGUAUUUGUUCAUUUGUUUUCUACUAAUUCUUAUGCUUUUAAAAGGGGGCGCUGGGUUCAGCUUCCCUUUUCCCCAGUUGAGUGGAUUGAGUGGAAUAACCACAUGGCAUAAUAUAAGAUGGUUGAAAUGAGUUGUUUUGGGGGAAAAAAAGGACUGAAUAAUGUUGCUUUUGGAUCAAUUUUAAAAAAUCAUUUUAUAUAUGUUGAUUCCCCAAAAAUACAGAUAUUUAUGGUAUAUGGCUCUUCACGUGACCUAUUUAAGAUGCACUGUGCGUGAAAUGUACGUUAUUUUCAAGUUAUUAGGCAGUCCAGUCAAGUUGUUAUACUGCAUCAUCUUCUCUUGUGCUGUUCUCCCUUUCCUCUGUCCUUCUCUGCUGAUUACUGAUACCUGAAGGUGAGGCACUGUACGUGUUGUUUUUGAAGUCUCUGUAAUAUGGACCCUCUGCCCUCAGUGUAACUUCAGUCUCGCAAAGCUCCUGUACAUACAUGUAUAUCCACUAUGGGGAGACCCAGCAGCCUUAUAAAAGGGAAAUAAAGAACUGCCCAAACCUCAUAUUGUACACUUUGCUAUAACUCUUCAUCGGCAUUUGUUCCAAACAAAAUCAUGGACCAUAUUUUCCACAAUUCAAUAAUUGUGGCUAAAUUUCAUUACCAGAUUAUGGUUUUCAUCAAUGUAUGUGUGUGCAUUUGGGGCAUAAAAAUCCUGUUUUGUAAUCUCAAUGGUUUUCACUGCAAUGA